AUGCGAUUUACUCAACUCGUGGCAGCCGCCCUCUGCUUGGGUGCCACAGAAGCAGCGGUAGCUCCUAUUGAUAGAGCCCGCAAAGUGCUAGGAAAUCAGCAUGCCUUUGACAAACGUGACACGGCCGGCGAUGCUGCAAAGGGCGCUAAACACCUAACCAGCAAGAACAAGAAAUUCUAUGUUGACCCAAAUAGCAUCCCUAAUGUCCCUUUCAGUAUUGGAGAGUCAUAUGCUGGAAAUCUCGCCAACACCCCAGCUGGAAACUCCAGCUUAUUCUUCUGGUACUUCCCAUCAGAGAACCCAGAAGCAAAGAACGAAAUCACCAUUUGGCUCAACGGUGGCCCCGGGUGUAGCUCCAUGAUUGGUUUGCUUCAGGAGAACGGACCAUUCUUGUGGCAGCCCGGUACCGAAGGUCCAGUCAAGAAUCCUUAUGCUUGGUCCAAACUCACCAACAUGGUUUGGGUUGACCAACCGGCAGGAACGGGCUUCUCCCCUGGUCCACCUACCGUGAAGGAUGAAGUUGAUGUUGCAAACCAGUUCAGUGACUUCUGGAAGAAUUUUAUGGACACCUUUGACCUUCACCACAGUGAUGUCUAUCUAGCUGGAGAGAGCUAUGCUGGCCAAUAUAUCCCUUACAUUGCCAGCGAGAUGUUGGACAGGAAGGAUUCCGAGUACUUUAAUGUCCGGGGUAUCACAGUCAUUGACCCAUCUAUUGGUGCUACCGAAGUGAUCAUCGAUGCCCCAUCUGUUCCAGCAAUGCACCGUUUCAACAAUGUCCUUGCCCUAAACGAGAGCUUUGUCAAUGACAUCACCCAGAAAUGGGAAAGCUGCGGAUACAAGAAGUUCAUGGACGAUGCUUUGAAGUUCCCUCCAACUGGCCCCCUUACAGUACCUGGAAAGACUCCUGGAUGUGAUGUUUGGGAUGAGAUCAUCACUGCUGUUAAAAAAGUGAACCCAUGCUUCAACAUCUAUCACCUCAAGGAUAACUGCCCAAGUCCAUCAAAUCCCAUGAAUGGACCAAAUAACUUCUUCAACAACAAGCAAAUUCAGGAAGCCAUUCAUGCCAACCCAACUGACUACCGCCUUUGUGGAGAAUCCCAGAUUUUCGGCCCUCAUCGCAAUGACCGCUCUGUUCCCAGCUCAUUUGGCCCUCUUGCUAGCGUCAUCGAGAGAACCAACAACACCAUCAUCGCACAUGGUGACCUUGAUUUCCUCCUCUUCACCGAAGGCAGCUUAGCAUCUAUCCAAAACAUGACUUGGGGUGGUCUCCAGGGCUUCCAGAAGGAACCAUCUGACAAAUUCUACGUUCCAUAUAAGGAUGGAUCUGAAAUGGGCGGAGCCGGGUUUGUUGGAAAGACCCAUCGUGAGCGUGGUCUCACUUGGGCCACUGUUGACCUUGCUGGACAUGAAAUCCCCCAGUAUGCUCCUACUGCUGGAUACCGUCUCCUCGAGUACAUGCUUGGAAGAGUCCAGAGCCUGACUGAAACCCACUAA